AUGGGUGCAGGAGAGUCGACUGCACGUAACGAUCAAGCCGAUGAAGUCGUGGACUACUAUCAGCUGCUAGAGGUCGACGAGAAUGCUACGGCCGACGAACUGAAGCGCGCCUUCAGAAGACUUGCUCUGGUGCACCACCCGGACAAGAAUCCUAACGAUGUUGAGGGAGCCACGAAGCGAUUUGCAGCGAUGCAACAGGCAUACGAGGUUCUCAGUGAUGAACAAGAACGCGCGUGGUACGAUUCACACAAGGUGUCAUUACAACCUGAGCCCGAUGCAGAAACGGUGUUUGAGGAUAUCCGUAAGGGUGCCCCACCACCCCGUGCACGAGACAGAGGCCUCACAGUAAGGCACCUCGCCCGUUUUUUUGAUGCAACCAUCUGGUCUGGAUUCGCCGAUGAUGAUAACGGAUUUUUCUCGGUAUACCGAAACCUGUUUAACCGGCUCAUGGCGGAGGAGACCAUGAUUUCAGAUAUUGACCUACCUUCUUUCGGAUAUUCUACUUGGACUUGGACACCCGUUCACAAGGGCGAAGAGUCGACCGCAGCACGGACGUUCUACAAUGCAUGGAUAAAUUUCGUCACAAACAAAGAUUUUAGCUGGUGCGAUCAAUGGAAUGUUGCUGAAGCGCCUGAUCGGCGGGUUAGAAGAUUGAUGGAAAAAGAUAACAAGAAGGCUCGGGACGAUGCGCGGAGAGACUACAAUGACACCGUCCGAUCUCUGGCCAAAUUCUUGCGUAAACGCGACCCGCGCUACAAAGCCCAUCUUGCUUAUCAAUCGGAAGAAAUAAAGAGUCGCGUCGGAUCGGGAACUUCAACGCCCCAUGCGGGUUCUUCCCGGAGAGGUGUUCAAUCAACAAUAGAUUCUUAUGUGGAACAGGACUGGCAGAAGAUCGACACGAAAGGAUCACACGAUGAUGAUCUGGAGUGGGCCAUCGGCGAGGGCGAAGAUUCCGAAGAGUGGGAAUGCGUCGUGUGUGGCAAAUCAUUUCGAAGCGAAGCAGCGUGGGACAGUCACGAAAGAAGCAAAAAGCACCUCAAGGAAGUUGAACGCAUACGCAAGGAGAUGCAGGAGGAAGAUGCUGAACUCGGCCUCAAUGAUCCAGAGCUAGAGACUCCGGAUCUGCCACGGUCGCAAAGUUUAACGCCUGACGUGCCAACGAUAGACGGAGACGUUACUGCCGUUGCUAACGCUUCUGAUGGUGAGGACCAGCAGGCCAACAUUGGCAAACGAAAGAAGCAGAAAAACAAAAAUAAAAUCAAGAAACCACCUUCGGAGCCGUUGAUGAAAACUCAAGAAAUAGCGCGGAACGUUCUCGACACGUCCAUUCCUGAGGUGCAAAGUCAACCUCGAGACCAGGCGCAGACCGUUUCCCUAGACGACACGCGACCCUCGAGCGUGGCAGUGGAAAUGACGAAAAGGGAAAAGAGACGUGCUAAACAGUCGAAAAAAGCUGAAGCUGAGAAGGAGGCCGAAUCGCAGUUCAAAUGUAACGUUUGUUCAAACGUUUUCACAAGCAAGACGCAACUAUUUAACCAUAUACGGGACAUGGACCAUGCCCUUGCUGACGACACUCCGAGUCGGGGAAAAAAAGGGAAGGCAGGGAAGCGGUGA